GUUUGGUGAAUUAUCAGAUUCGGAUUUGGGGGGUAUGAUGCAAGUUUUUGCAAGAGAACAGACAUUGAGCUCACAGAGUGUGGAAAUCCAAAAUUGCAUUUAUCUGGAAAUCAGUGAAGAACUGUGCAGAAUUGAAUUAUACAGAAGACCUAUAUCCAGCCUGUCUUUUCCACGCUCAAAGCUUGUCAGCGUCGACUGGAUAGAAUUUUUUCAAACGCUUCCACAAUGUGACAAAAAUAUACCACUGCAUCUUCUACAUUCUUUGUCUGCACAGAAUUUGAAACUGAAAGUGACAAGGCUGACAAAGGCCUGGGCUAAUUCAGUCCUUUCAUUGACCUGGGACUGUCCCAGCCUGAAAGAAAUCAGCUUAAAUGCUGACUGGUUACUGGAGGAAGCAGAAAGUGUCUUGAAGAAGUCACACCGAAGGCCUGACUGCACACUGAGUUUUCAAGGGUUCAGAUGCAAUAAAUCAUCAAAACAAUGCAGUGACCUUGCGCUGUAUAACCCAGAAUGUUAUAGCUGCAACCAGCAGGUGAACAUUCAUCUGAACAAACAGGGAUUUUUGCAGAGCCUUUGCGAAAGUCUUUGUUUCCGGACUGAUGUACAGACUAAUAACUAGAAGUGCGCUGGAGGGAGACAGCUGGAUGAGGAUUCAUCAAAGUCACUCUUUUUAAAUUAAUUUUAAUGUUCUUUGGAUGGCAUGUAUUUUUCAGAGAAAACGGGUGAAUUUUUUUCCAAAUGCAAGUGAUUUUUUAUUUAUUUUCUUUUAUUUAUCUUUGAAUUAUGAAAUUAUGAGUGAUUUUAAUUAAUGUAUUGCUCUUAAUAAUUUUUUAAUUACUAUGAUUUCAUACAUUCAUUGCCUUAUUAUAUCUAGCUUCCAGACAAUAUAUGCUGUUAUAUUUAAUUAAAUUUGUUGAUCAUAAAAAACUAUAUUUUCAAAAAGAGACUGGUUUAUCUUGGUUUAUCUGUUGGUUUAUGUUGUAUGGCCCCAUUGACAGCUUUAUAAAAUAUGAUUGCAGUGUGUUAUACUUUAAGAGGAAAUGUUUUUGCUGUAUAUGAAGGUUUUGCUCCAUUUUUCCUUGCCACUUUUUUUUUUGGCUGAUUUUUAGCAUAAACUGUGUUUUGUUUAAUGCAUGUACACUGUAAAAAAACAAAACAAAACAAAAAAUUUUUUUGAGUGAACUUGUUUGUUUGUUACUAAUUUGUUACCCUGCUGCCUUAAAAUUUUAAGUUCAGUCAGCUUGAAAUGUUAAGUUGUACUAAGUGACAGCUUAGAUAUUUUAGUUGACUAAACAAAAAAUUUGGUUUGUUAAACUUAAAAGCAGGGCUUGUUACCCAACUGCCUUAAACUCAAAUAUCACUUAGUACAACGUAACAUUUCAAGUUGACUAAACUUUUUUGAGUUUUC